GGCAUAUUCCCUUGUGGAUUCCAGUCAAGUGUCUACCUUCCUGAUUUCUAUUCUCCUCAUAGUCUACGGCAGUUUCAGGUCUCUUAACAUGGACUUUGAGAAUCAAGACAAAGAGAAGGACAAUAGCAGCACAGCUGGGUCUUUUAAUGGCAACAGCACCAAUAACAGUAUUCAAACCAUUGAUUCUACCCAGGCGUUGUUCCUGCCAAUCGGAGCGUCUGUGUCUCUCCUAGUUAUGUUCUUCUUCUUUGACUCAGUUCAAGUUGUCUUUACAAUAUGCACAGCAGUCCUUGCGACGAUAGCUUUUGCUUUCCUUCUGCUCCCGAUGUGCCAGUACUUAACACGGCCUUGUUCACCUCAAAACAAGAUUUCCUUUGGCUGCUGCGGGCGUUUCACUGCUGCUGAGCUGCUCUCAUUUUCUCUGUCUGUGAUGCUUGUCCUUAUCUGGGUCCUGACUGGCCACUGGCUCCUUAUGGAUGCUCUGGCUAUGGGCCUGUGUGUUGCAAUGAUAGCCUUUGUUCGGCUGCCCAGCCUGAAGGUUUCCUGCUUGCUACUCUCUGGGUUACUAAUUUAUGAUGUCUUUUGGGUCUUUUUUUCUGCCUACAUCUUUAACAGCAACGUGAUGGUGAAAGUAGCCACACAACCAGCUGAUAAUCCCCUGGAUGUUUUAUCCCGGAAACUUCACCUGGGACCAAAUGUGGGUAGAGAUGUUCCCCGUCUGUCCCUGCCUGGUAAACUUGUAUUUCCAAGUUCCACAGGUAGCCACUUCUCCAUGCUGGGGAUCGGCGAUAUUGUGAUGCCAGGUCUUCUGCUCUGCUUUGUCCUGCGUUACGAUAACUACAAAAAGCAAGCCAACAGUGAUUCCUGUGGUGCCCCAGGACCAGGGAACAUCUCUGGCCGUAUGCAGAAGGUCUCUUACUUCCACUGCACACUUAUUGGCUAUUUUGUAGGUCUAUUAACGGCAACAGUAGCUUCUCGUAUUCACCGGGCAGCCCAGCCUGCCCUACUCUAUUUGGUACCUUUCACUUUAUUGCCGCUCCUCACCAUGGCCUAUUUAAAGGGCGAUCUACGUCGCAUGUGGUCUGAGCCUUUCCACUCCAAGUCCAGCAGCUCCCGUUUCCUGGAAGUAUGAUGGAACAGAUAGGAAGUGACCUGAACUUCUGCCUUGGUCCUUUUCACUUUAACUUGUGGCUUUGUAGUCUCCUGAAGCUGGACUGGCUGGUGCUUGGGAAGGUACCACUUAUGGGACUUGUAUGAAAGGACUUUGUAUUAAAAGGAGGAAAAGAAAAAGGCAAAGAUCCUGGAGCUCUGUGUGGCUCCGUGUCUCCCUGCAGAUGUGGAACUGGGGACCCUUUGUGCAACUGCAGCCACUUUCCUCUUUUCCUCACUCGGAUGGAUUAGUACCAGACUAUUACCUUUGUGAGAGAGGAAGAGACAGACUUGAAACUGAAAACGGCUUGAAGUCGUUCAAAAACUUGUGAACACUAAGAGAAACCACGGUUAAGCAACUGAAGCUUCUUCAGAGAACCCCUCGUGGACAUUGGGACCAGUUUCCUGCUGGACUUCGGGUUUGAAAAGAACUGAGACAGAAGCUCUUCUGUCACCAUAUUGGGUUUUUUUGAUCUAUUAAAUAUUUCCUGUGGUGUGAGGUUACUUAUUAA